AUGUGUGUCGACAAAAGUUACUGCCUCCCGGGAGAAGCGACGCGGUCAGCUGCGAUGAUAUCAUAAACAACAUUACGAUUAAAGAGUUGGGACGUCAAUGCUGGAAGAGCAUGGACGCUUCUGAAGAGUCCAUAAGAAUGACUUCCAUCCUCCAGAGCAAAUCUGCUCUGUCAAGUCAGGACACACACACACACCUAGAAGAAAACCCAUCUGCACAAUCAGGCAGUGGCGCAAUUCUGGUGUUGUGUUCUGUGUCUGUGGCCUGCCUGAGUGGGCUGAUGAUGGGCUACGAGAUGAGUCUGAUAUCUGGAGCUUUGCUUCAGCUCAGGGAAGUUUUGACUCUCUCGUGCCCCCAGCAAGAGCAAGUUGUGGGGUCUCUUCUGCUUGGAGCCUUCCUUCUGUCCCUGGGUGGCGGCAAUAUCCUGGACCAUUACGGACGCCGCUUCUCUAUCAUUCUUACAGCCCUGCUGUGUGUGUUAGGAACACUUCUGAGUGUGUGUGUUGUAUCGUUCUGGGCGCUAGUGGCUGGGCGAAUGUUGGUUGGAAUGGCAGUGGCACUGUCGGGCACUGCAUCAUGCCUGUAUACAGCAGAAGUGGCUCCGGCUGCCUGGCGUGGGAGGUGCGUGUGCGUGUAUGAGCUGAUGGUAGUAUUAGGGAUGCUGUUGGGGUUUGGGUUGAGCUGGGCUUUUGCAGGUGUUCCAGAUGGAUGGAGGUUUACGUUCAGUGGCGUGCUGCUACCUGCACUGCUGCAAGCCGGCAUUAUGCCACUGUUGCCACGGAGUCCACGCUUCUUGCUUGCCCAACGGCAUGAGAAAGAGGCUCAUGCUACUCUCCUCCGUCUUCGUGCAGGAAUCAAAGGAACGGAUACCGUGGAGGAGGAACUUCAGGCAAUUCGCCUGGCCCUUGGGGCAGAACACCUGCACAGCUGCCUGGACCUCUUCCGUUCCAGGGACAACAUGCUUCACAGACUACUUAUUGGUGCUGCACUGGUUUUUUUGCAGCAGGCAACAGGACAGCCCAAUAUUUUGGCGUAUGCAUCAAGUGUUCUCAGCAGCAUUGGCUUCCAUGGGAAUGAGGCAGCGACUUUUGCCUCUACAGGGUUUGGGGUUGUUAAAGUGGGAGGGACCAUUCCAGCCAUGUUUCUAGUGGAUAAAGUGGGGCCUAAAGUGCUCCUGUGUGUCGGAACUGUUGUCAUGAUGUUGUCAACCGCAACAUUGGGGGCUGUUACCAUGCAGAGCCGAACUCAUGUUUCCAGCCUAUGUCAGGGCCCCAUGAUCAAAGCAAACCUCACUUUAUCCAGGAUAGGAGAUGAGACUGAUAUCCAGACAAACACACUACUUGGCUGGUACCGGCCCACCCCAUCUCACCAUGAACUUCAAACCCGCCACAGAAUAAAUCCUUACCUUAUUGGUAUUAAUGACACUAAGGACCAUUGGAUUUUAAACCACACUAAUGAUCAUAGGACAGCAUUUGUGGACACGGCAGAACCGGCCAAGGGUUCUGAGAAAGAUGGUUUGAAAGUUCAAUCUGUUUCUGUUAAUGAGGUAUCGCCCUCUCUGAAAUGGAUUUCACUGGUCAGCCUGCUGGUAUAUGUUGCUGGAUUCUCCAUCAGCUUGGGACCAAUGGUACAUGUGGUUUUGAGUGCCAUCUUCCCGACUGGCAUCCGAGGAAAAGCUGUAUCCUUCAUCUCUGCAUUCAACUGGGCAACAAAUUUGCUCAUAUCGAUGACCUUCCUUACCCUGACAGAGAGGAUUGGUUUGGCCAGCGUGAUCUUCUCCUAUACUGCUAUGAGCUUCGUGUUGGUGGUGUUUGUGAUGGUAUUUGUGCCAGAGACGAAAGGCAGAUCACUGGAACAGAUUUCUAAGGAGCUUGCAAUGAAGAAUCACCUGAGCAGCAGGCUGUUGUGUCACAGAAGACAACAGGAGGCUAAUACACAAUCCUCACUGGAGGAAAAAGCCCUUGCAAUUGCUUGACUUCUCACUCAAAUGCAAAGUUGAAGAGCGAGAUGAAUUUUGCAAGUGAUUGUUUUUGUUCAGACAGCAGAAACUCAUGAACAUGUAUCUGAGAGACAACAUUGAUUGUUGUUGUCAUGGUGACAUGGUACCUUCUUGUGACAUGAAAGGUCAGUUAAGAACAGUUUAUUAAACCAGUUUGAUUUACUUGUAUUUGUAUUGUUUUUUAAAAAGCAAUUUGGUAACACUUUACAAUAAGUUUCC